GGAGCCCGGGGGCUGCUGGGAGCCGCCAUUUUGUCGGCGUGCGCUGGGCGCCGGGCGCUUGCCGCAGCCGGGGCGGGCGAGGAGGUGCCGGGUCUCGGAAAUCUGAAAAAAGAGCCCUGCACAUGAAGAAAUGACGUGUAAUGGCCCAGGUAAAUUUGAGCUUCGUGACACUCCAGGCACUGACUGUGACCAGGACUGGGCCCAAGAACACCACCGACUAGGAAGCUUUGUUGAAUUUCCACUUGAUUGUCCGGUUUCAGCAUCAGCUCUGGCACAAGCUGGCUUUGUUUAUACUGGCGAAGGCGAUAAAGUGAAGUGCUUCAGUUGCCACGUGACUAUCGAAGGAUGGCAGCCUGGGGAUUCUGCAGUUGAGAGACACAAAAACCUUUCCCCAAACUGCAAAUUUAUUACCGAGUCUGCUUUUUUGGAGAACGAUCUGCAUCCUCUUGCCCAGAGCUACCAGCAUAGAGCUGAAAAUGGCAGCAGCAAUUUGGCGUUCUCGCCUGCUCUGGAUGACUUGCCUGAACUGGAGGCAGACUACCUGUUGAGAACUAGGCAGGUUGUGGAUAUGUCAGAUAUUUUGUAUCCUAAAAACCCUGCUAUGUGCAGUGAAGAAGCAAGGUUAAAUUCUUUUCACAACUGGCCCUCCUAUGGUCUGUUGACGCCAAAGGAAUUGGCUAGUGCUGGACUCUAUUACACGGGUGUUGGUGAUCAAGUGGCAUGUUUUUGUUGCGGUGGAAAACUGAAAAACUGGGAACCUAGUGACAGAGCGUGGUCAGAACACAAGAGGCACUAUCCCAGAUGCUUUUUCGUCCUGGGCCGGGAUGUUGGAAAUGUUCCAAGUGAAUCUAUUCCUGCUGAGCUUGGAAGAAAUGGCCUAAACGAUGAACAGCAUCCGAGGAAUCCAUCCAUGGCAGAAUAUGAAAGACGGAUACAAACCUUUUUAAAUUGGAUAUACCCUGUUAACAAGGAACAACUUGCUGAAGCUGGGUUCUAUAACAUAGGUAACGGUGAUCAUGUUGUGUGCUUCCACUGUGGUGGAGGAUUGCAAGAAUGGAAGGAAAAUGAAGACCCAUGGGAUCAACAUGCCAAGUGGUUUCCUGGAUGCAGGUUCGUGAGAGAGGAAAAGGGACUAGAAUUUAUAAAUAAUGUUCACUUAGGAGGUGGAUGUAGGGAUUCAACAAUAGAAGCUGCUGAAGUGACAGUACUUCCUAAAGAUGAUCACUUACAGAAUCAUUUGGUACAAAAUGCCAUACACAUGGGUUUCAGUUUGUCUGAGAUUAAAAGCAUUAUGCAAAAGAAAUUGCAGAUGUCUGGAGCAAGCUAUACAUCUGUUGAGGAUCUGGUAGCAGACUUAAUAAGUGCUCAAAAAGAAAAUCUAAAGGAAGAAACACCAAAUGAAAACCCACUUGAGCAAGAUCUCAGUAUGGAAGAGAAGUUAAGGCGCUUGCAGGAAGAAAAGCUGUGUAAAAUCUGUAUGGCAAAAAACAUAUCAGUAGUCCUCAUUCCCUGUGGCCACCUAGUUGCUUGUAAGGAAUGUGCUGAAGCAGUUAACGUAUGUCCUUUGUGUUGUACAAAUAUUCUAAAAAGACAGAAAAUUUUUAUGUAUUAGCGUACAGUACUGUAGAUGCAACUGUUUCCUGCUUUAUUUCUUUAAAUGUGUAUAAUGUGCUAACAGACGGUUGGUUUUUCAGCAGUCUAGCACACCUAUUUAUGGAGCAUCUCACUUUAGGGAUAAUGUAAACAAUAAAGCUUUAAUCAACACUCAGAAAUAGGAGUUGACUGUCAGAAGCUGCUAAUUUUUGUUUAUAACACUCAUGUUCAACUGCCUCUUCAUUGCACUACUUACUUCUUUUGUUUUUACUUCAGUCAAAGUUGUAACCUCAGAUAACUUCCUGUAUUUUCAGAUCUUCUAUUUGAGUGUUCACACUUCUAUUAAUGUAACAAAUACAUGAGUUAAAUAUAUAUAUUCUUUCAUGAAAUGGAAUAGGAAAACUGAGUGUUCUGAUGGAGCAGUAGUGAUGCUGCAUUUUCCCCCACUAACAAAUCAACCAAGUCAUACUGAGUGAAAAGUGUAUAUAUAUAUUUUUUUGCUAUUUAUUUGUAGUCUGUUUCUGCUAAUUGUCAUUUGCUCAGCUCUCAUUUAUCAAAAAUAGAGCUGGUUAACUUCUUCGGAAUCAAGGAUAAAACAGUCUAAUCAGAGGAAACAAAUUGCUUUAGAAUAGUUUUUAUGUUGUUACUUUGAAUAUUCAAAUGUCUGAAUUUAUUUUCUGGGGGUUACAGUACUUUCUGAUUCGUUAGAUGCUACCAUAUAUCUUAUCCCCUACUAAUCCAGUGUUACUGGUUUUAAAAAAAUAUCAGCUAAAAUAUCAUGUCUGCUAAUUUUAUUCUUGUCACUUGCUCAUCUAAAGAGUUACAUUCCCAUAACAUCAGUAAGAACAGGUUUGCUAUACUGAAUUGUCAUUUUUUUUCUAGCUACAAUUGCCUCUGAAGGAUGUCUGUCUUGUCAUUCAUGUUUACGCUUCUAAGCUUCUGUAACCAGCCUCCAAAUAAUCAUUAACAGGCUAAACAAACAUAUGCAACACAUACAAAGAAAUAGCUCUGAAUGUUUCUGAUUUUCUUCUCUUUUCUUUCUUGAUUGACAAGUUAGCAGCAUCCUCACAAUUAAUGGACCCUUUUGAAACUACUUUAAACUUUAAAAAUAUCGUAAUUGCCUCUGUAUAGUUGUGACUAACAAAAGACAAAUUUUAACUGAUGUUAAUCAUGAUGUUAAUCAGAACAUUCAUUCUUAAGUUCAUUUUAUAUGCUACUUACAAACAUAAAAAAGUGCAAUUAAUCCCAGGAUGUAAUCAUAUGGCAGUAUUUAGAUUUUUCUGCUGACAAACUACGUGUAUUUAAAAUUUUUAAAAAUUAUUUUCUUAAUUGAUUUUUUUCUGUAAACUCCAAUACUGAAAGGUAAAUAAAUCUUCUGUAAGUUCAGUUCAUAGACCUAGCUUGGCAAAGCCUAAGGAACACAAAGCUUUAUUUAUGUGAUCAUUCCUUUGCUUCAUUUCGGUAGGACUCUCUAACUGAAGUUUAUGCCAAUACAGCUGUAUGAAGAAUCAGGCAUUUGAUAAAAAUUGGUGUAUACUAAUUUUUGAAAUUCAGAUAUUAUGUGUAUCAUCUCAGGUUUUAGCUUCUUGAAAACAUAACGUGUGAUUGAAAAUAUUGUCUUAUUUCUGUAAGUAUGGUUGUGACAUAAUUCAGAGACUGUAAACCAGCUGCUCAAAGAUUUCACCUUAUGUUUGGUACUGCUACCCUGUAACUUUGUCUGUUCUGAUAAACAGUUCCUGUCUCCCCAUUUAUUUUUUCUGUUUUCGCUGUAUAUAAGUGGCCUCAGUAAACUGCUGGUAGCCUUCUGUUUUUCUCAAAAAUUCUUCUGUAUACCGAGUUCAUUCCUCACAAGAGAUCUCAACAGAAAUGAAGGAGAUUUUUAUAUACCUCAAGCCCUUCAUUAUGACAGUAGCUGUCUUACUGUAAAAUUGCCCCAUGUACACAAAGAUGUUCAAUGUUCUUUUUUCUCAUAUUUGUAAUAUUUAGCAUUAUCCUAACUCACUUUACUGCUGAUACUUUAAGUACAGCUGGCUUACAGUCACUCCAGUUAUGUGACUUCCUUAUUUUGUGGAUGUACUAAUAUGUUCUGUGUACAUAGAAAUUUUAUCUUGGAGUUGUACGCACUGAGUAAUAUAUUCAAUUAAUGAUACUUUAUACAGAAUAUAGUUUUUUAAAUAUGAUACAAGUUUUAAAUCCAAGACACAGAAACAUAAUGUCUCUAUUUUUUGUUAGAUAUUUGCUAUGAUUAUAUGAGAUUUCACAGAACUGACAUGUUGUUCUGGUGCAAUUUUGUGAAUAUUUUAAAUAAAGUGCAAUCCAGUUGUUCCCGGAGUAGCAUAUUUGAUUCUUACAUCAAAAGAUGUCAUAAUAGAAGGUUGCUUUCUGCUGCAUUUUUGGUUUGUAACUCAACUGUUCCUAAUUAACAUGUGUUAGUAAGGAUGAUAUUUUGAGAGGAAAUAAUCCAUGUUUUGUAUGAGUUAAAAACUGUUGAUUUUAAAACAAGCUCAAUUAGCUAACUUUUGUAAUAAAUUAGAAUUUAAUUCUUAGGAAUAUACGACUAGAACUUAAUAAAGAAUUCAGCACUUGGAUUCAUAUUCCUCUUCUGGGAAAAAACAGAUAUGUCGUUCUGGUAAGAAAGGUUUUAUUUUUGCUUUGUGUCUUUUUUGAAGAGCUUAGCGUUUGAGAACUCAUACAUACAGGGCUUUCUGAGACAAAUAAAGGUUGGCUGUUCUGGCAGGCUUGUUUAUAGCUCCCAUAUUCACUUACAGGGAAGGGUUUUUUUUAACUUGUAUAGGAAACUAAAGAGAGGUAAGUGCAUGUGAGCUGGUGUAUCUUGCCUGAAAUAGCUUGUUUAGUUAAUGUUGCAAACUAUGUUAGGUUUGUUACCUAACCUUGACCUAAGUCAUGUGAGAGAGACUAUCUGGAUGAGCCGGAUCUAGCUUACGGGCUGCAAAAUUUGGCAUGAAGACUAGCCAAAACCAUACCUGGGAAAGAGAUUGACCAAAUGUUAUUUAGAAUCCUCAUAAAUUUUUAUCAUAAUAAGGAGGUGAAUUGGGAUGUUAGUAUGUAAACUGUUCAAGAAAAAAAUAGAAAUAAGGCACAAUAUCUUCAAAAGUGAAAUGGAUAUUGCUUAAUCUGUUUGCUUUCGUAGUAAAUAAUACAAAAUGCUUGAUAUUAAAACUUAAUACUAAUCUUUAAAAGAUAUACUGUACCAUUUCCUUUUUUUAAUAAAUAUUAUAAAAGAUACAGUACUAUAGUAAUACUUCAAAUUUUAAUCAUUUGGGAACAUUAAAGGGUUAAGAUCCUGUUAGCAAGAUGACAAAACUGCUCUGUAGGUUUAGUUUUUUUAUAAAAAAAAAUAUAUAUAUAUAAUUAGAGUUCUAUUCAGACUAAAUGUGAGAAAAUAAUUAGCAUACUCAUCAAAUUUUGACAGCUUGAAUUGGGAAGAUUUUUUUUUUCAAAUUACUUUUAUUUUCAGUAUCUUAAAGAAACAGAAGAAAUUACAUGGACACUGAUAAGGAGUAUUUAAAGUGAGAGAAAUGAAAGAUGCAAAUAAAUGCAAUAGAAGCACAGGUCCUUUGAAAAGGAGGUUAGUAGCAGGAUAAAGAUGCCUGGAAUUUGGCUUUUACAAAAGAUUUUUUGGAAUGAAGAGCUAUGGAGUAAAAUCAAGUAUCGUUUAUUUGGUAGCUGUUUUUCUGCUGAUUACUAAGUAAAAUCUUUAUUUCCAUUUAACAGACAGUGGUAGAACUAUUUGCUGCUCUAGGUAUGUGGGAGAUUUACAUGGGUUUUUAAUAAUGUAUUCAGGAUUUUUUUGUUUAGAAAAUGUGGAAAUUACAUGCCUAGUUUAGCAUGCAAAGUAAGGAAAAAACAGAUUAAAUUCUUACAUGUUUAGCUUUUUCUCAGUGUUUUGAAACAUGAUACUGAUUUAUUCUACAGUUUGCUGUAACUUUUAUCUCCACAGAUACUUAGCUGUCCAUACUUUUUUUCUUGUUUUGUUUUUGGCUUGUUCUAAAGCCCAUAGCACAAUAAAAAGAUUUUCACUGAUUAUGGAAUUUUUUGGAUCAUCUUUCCUUUUCAAGUAGAGUAUAUUAAAACUUCUUUUAGUGUUGCAUGGUUAAUUUUGACCACAAUGAAUGCCCAAAUGUUUAUUUUGGUUAGUGGUACGUGCUGCCUGAAGCUGCAGGACAAAUAGUUUGAAGUUUUCAAAGUUUUCAUUUUUGUUAACCUAAGACAUGUUAAUUUUACUAUAAAAGCUAACUUUAAAAAUAUAUAAAGAUAAUGGGCCAUUAGAAAUAAAAAUAUAACUGGGUGAGAAGUUAAUGCAAGCACUUGAUUACCAUAGUAAACUUCAGGCUUAAGUGUUGUAUACUAGGAUUAAACUUCAGAAGGUGUAGUAAAUUUUGCUGCCAUGAUACUUAGUGGCAGAAGCAAAUCUGUCCUGCCUUUCAAAGCAUGCAAGUUCUAGUGUACUGUGUGUAAGGCCUACCCAAAAAUGUCAUAGACUGAAGAAGGAUUUGGAGGUAUUUCUGGCCUUUGCAAUAUUCUGUGGAGGUAAGUAUGUGAAGGAGUUGUUGAGCAGUGUUCUUUUUUACCCUCCAUUUUGUGUGAGAUUUACUCCUACCAGCAAGAGGGCUGGUUGCCAAAGAGGGGGAAGAAGCACUUCCAUUCAUUGCAAGUCUCAUGCAGGAUGGCUGUGUUGGUCUUACGUCCUGAACCUGCUUUGUGAAGGGUGAUGACAGUCUUCUCCAGUGAGAUCACCUUCAUUCCUCCUGCAAUUGAGCUAUGAGUGAAUACUCACCCUGUCCCCAUACUGUUUGUGUUUCAUGUGAGUAAAUUUUGCUGAGUAGCUUGGAAAUUUGAUCAAGAAUAUUUUUCCUUUGCUGUGACCCUGCCCUCCCUUUGCACUGAUUCAGGUUGUUGAAAGUAUGUCACCAGCUUCGUGAGUCACUGUAUUACAUUGCUUCAAGAGACGUGCUGAUGCUGCUGUACAGAAAUUAUUGUGCCAUAAUUGUAAAAUGGCUUUUUGUGGGGAGGCCAAAGAGCUGUGAUAAUAAAUAAAAACUGGAUUCC